AUGCAGCAGCUACACAAUGUUUUAAUUGCUAUCUUGCUUUUAUUGAUACUCUCCCUUUUUCUAAGAGGAUAUUCUGCAGUGGAACAAAAUUUCACCGCUGGUAGUUCAUCACUGUCGCCACGGCUCAAGAAAGUAACCAAAAACCAUCCACUUAUAAACCACCACCACCUACAUCGACCUACACACCUGCACCCCCAUCCACACCCACACCUGCGACCCACAGCUGGGUGCAGGAGCAAGCCUUGGAUAUGCAGAGAGGGAAACCGUCGACCGAAGGCUCAAAUGCGGUGCUGUAGAAAUAAGUGCGUUGACGUGUCUUCUAAUGUUAAUCACUGUGGUUUAUGUGGAGUUAAAUGCCCCUUUAGUUGGCUAUGUUGCCAUGGAUUUUGUGUGGAUGUCAAUAUUAGCCCCUUCAAUUGUGGCAAAUGUGGGAGCAAAUGCCCCUGGGGGAUCCGCUGUGAUUAUGGGAUGUGUGGAUAUUCUGAGCCUGAGUCUGAGCCUGAACCUUUGUCUCUGCCUCCAUGGCGUCCACGUCCUCAUCUUCGCCCUCGUUCUUGA